AUGUCAUGUCAGUGCCAGCAAACCACCAAGCCUCCAGGAGCCACUGCCUCCUCCGAGGACGCCACCAAAGCUGGCAACACAUCUGCUCCCACACGGACCACCGUCGGCGCCGGUCCAGACACCUUCGUGGAUGUCAGGGAGGAUUCUCCUCCACCGCAACAGCCACCGCCGCAACAGCCACCGUACUACUAUCCAGGUUGGUUGACCAUGGCAUCAGAGCAUAAUUUCACGUAA